AUGGCUUCUACUAAGGCCAAUACCAACAGACACGGCUCCUCACUGCUUCACCUCGAUGCCACGUUCGAUAACAAAAAUGUCGACGACUCUGCUAUCGAAUUGGUAUACAGGAUUCAACCCAAAUGGCGAUCAGCCCCUGGCAAACUAGAAGUCGUCAAGUUCACCGACGGCAUCACCAAUACUUUACUGAAAGUCGGUAAACACCUCCCUGGCCUGACCGCCGAUGAGAUCGAUCGAGACUCUGUCCUGUUACGAGCCUAUGGGAACAACACUGAAAUCCUUAUCGACCGCGAUAGGGAAGCCAUAUCGCAUGCCUUGUGCGCCGAACGUGGACUUGCUCCCCCUCUGUUGGCAAGAUUCAAUAAUGGCUUGCUGUAUAGGUACAUCAUUGGAAAAGUCUGCACUCCUUCAGAUCUGAUCAGAGAACCUGUAUGGCGUGCGGUGGCCACACGGCUCGGUGAGUGGCAUGCUCUGCUUCCUGUGGAUUCGGUCGCGGACAACAAUAAGACAACCAAUGGACACGCCGUCAACGGUACCUCUUCCAAGUCCGCCCUGAUGUUAAGGUUACCCGUUCCCAACUGUUGGUCAGUCAUGCAAAAAUGGGUCAGUGCUUUACCGGAUGACACUCCCAAGAAGAAAGCUCGGAAAGAACUGAUUCAGGGAGAACUCGAUCGAUCAUUCCAAGAUCUUGACAAUGAGCGAGGCCCAGGAGUCAAGGGUUUUGUCUUUGGACACUGUGACCUGUUAAGUGCCAAUGUCAUCAUGUUGCCCUCUAACUCCGCCGAUAGUAAGGCGGAUGACACUCUGAAAGUCUCCUUCAUCGAUUACGAAUAUGCUACACCAUGCCCUGCCACUUUCGACAUUGCCAACCACUUCGCUGAAUGGGGUGGCUAUGACUGUGACUACAGUAUGCUACCAACAAAGUCUAUCCGUCGUCAAUUUCUUAUAGACUAUCUCGAAUCGUACAAAGCCCACAGCGACAAACCCAUGCCUGAUAACAUGCUCGAAGUAUUGUUGGAAGAAAUUGACCGGUGGCGUGGCAUGCCUGGUCUAUAUUGGGGUAUCUGGGCUCUCAUCCAAGCAACCAUCUCCCAGAUCGAUUUUGACUAUGCCUCGUAUGCAGAAGUACGACUUGGCGAAUACUUUGCUUGGAGAGCAGAGGAGAGUGGAAGCCGAACCCGGGAAGGCCUUGACAUUCCACUCCGAGAAAGGAGGUGGGCGGAAGAAUAG